AUGUCAAAGUACUUUUUGCGUUCUAAAGGAAGUGAUAGUUUAGACAUCUUACCAUCAUUUGUAUUGAAUAUGCCUCAUACCGGAACUCCGUCAAAUAGCAAUCAGGAGGACACAUCAUCACCCCCAAGCAUAAGACAAGAACUACUUCAGCAAAAAGAAGAGGAAAUCAUAGCAUUACGAGCGAGGAUAGAGCAGGAAAGGACACGACAAGUGGACCAGGAGGACGAAAUGCAAGGACUCCGAGAAAGAAUAAGGAACAUGGAGAGAGAGCAACAAGUUCAGCAAGAUGUACAUGUUCAGCCAUUGACAACACCGCCCCCCAUGUCCUACAACACGCCACCAUCAACCACUCCGGACCGGUUAAGUGUGCGACUCGAGAAGUUCGAUGGGAAGACCUCCGCGGUACAAUGGUGGGUUAAAUUUAUGGCUCUUGUUAACCUCCAAGGACUGACGGAGCAGAAAGCCAUCCUAUACCUCCCCUUUUUCUUCCUUGGAACUGCGGAAACAUGGUUCAACGCACUAGAUACCACGGUGAAAUCAUCAUUAACAGCCAUACACACAGCCUUCAUUAAUCGAUUCAAACCUGUGUCACAUCAUGCGUUCGAUCUUUUGAAAUUCAUACAAGGAGAAAACGAAUCUGUGGAAGAGUUCAUCCAGCGUGUAUCGGAAAAAGCAACAGAUUUGAAAGUUGAUUCACAAAAAUUAAUGGGAAGACUCAUGGGCGGAUUCAAGCAAAACAUCCGGAAAGAUCUUAUUCGCCACAACCCAACAACAAUGGAGGACCUCCGUACUCAGGCUCUGUUAGCAGAGCUUGCACAGAGUCUGGAACCAGACACCAAUGCCAUCCAGAGUGCCACCAACGCAUCGCUGUGCACGGCAGUAAAUUCCCUUGAAGAUAGGAUACAGAAUAUGGAAACAACCAAUAUGAACAUGGUGAAUAUGGUGAACAGUCAAAGUUUCCAUAACAACAGACCUAGGCCCAAUCAGAGACAAUACCGUCAAAACCCUAGGUACCAGCAGCCGCAGCCACCUCAGUAUCAGGCACAGUUUCCACCUACGCAAUAUCAGCCGAUGACCCAGUAUCACCAACCCGCCCCGUUUCAAGCGAUGCAGUCGAAUCAGCCACAGCACCCGGCCCAGUACCAGCAGAUGCCCCGACCCAUACCCAAUGGUCAGCAGCAGACGCGGCAGUCCUCGGGCAAAUGUCAAAGAUGUGGACCAUUAUUGAGGACCCUGCAUAACUUUAUGUUCCUAUUGGUGGCCAUACUAGUCCUGCACCCCGCAUCCCCAAGUCCAAUUGAAACAAGCAACGGUUUAAUUCAACGCAUAAAUUACGGUGUUGUCUUUAAGGAGGAACCUAAUAUCAUCCUAGCCCAAGAAUAUUGGAUGCAUACAUUCAGAAUUCCCCUUCCAAAAAGGUUUGCCAUACCAAAAGUUGAAAAGUGUACAGGAGAUAAACAAAGAUGCUCUACUUUAAACAGUUUGAGUCAUUUUGUUCAUAAUCUACAUAUGCAAGCAGCAACUCAUUUCAAUGAAACCAUGAAAUCUAUUCAAGUAUUACUUCCAAGUGUAGACCUCAAUAGAGUUCCACGUAGGAGACAGACAAGGGCACUGUUACCAUUUGUGGGUUCGUUGUCAAAAAGUUUUUUUGGAACUGCCACAAUGGACGAUGUAAACAUACUUGCGUCUCACAUUAAUAUGUUGACAAGGCACACUAAUCAAAUGGCAAACUUAUUGGUACAACACAGCGAUCAUUUAUCUUCUUUCAUGAAAUUGACUGAUUCUCGUAUGAACAAUUUGAAGAAUGGUAUCAAAAACAAUGCUUUUGCAAUUUCACUUUUAGCAACAAAGUUGGCUAAUUUUAGUGAGUUAGAAUCAUCUUUUGUAAAUAUUUCUGAAGUUUUGUUAAAUCAAGUCAACAAGGUAACUGUGUACAAAAACAAAAUGAAUAGGUUAGUUUCAGCUGUCCAAACUCUUAUUGAAGGCAAGUUGUCCCCCUUUUUGAUUUCAAAAUCUAUCAUUGGUCAUACUCUUCAUCAAAUUACUGGCUUGUUAAGAAAAUCAUAUCAUGGGUUUCAUUUAGUCCACACUGAUCCCUCAUUGUUCUAUGCACAAGGCAAAUUUUUGUAUGCCAGACAUCGAUCAGAUUUGUACAUUACUUUAAAAUUCCCCAUCUCAUCUCAACCUUCCAGUAUGAAAUUGUUUAAAGUCAUUUCUAUGCCAGUCCCUAUUUCGAACACUUCAGGCCAAGCAACCCAACUUUUGUCUAUCCCGGAAUAUUUAGCAGUCUCCCAACAUCAUGAUAACUAUGUACAACUGAAAGCAAAAGAUUUGAUUAACUGCAAUCAUGGUGACACAGUUGUUUGCGACACUAACUAUGCAUUAACUCCCUUCACUACUAACUCUUGUGUAUUGUCUCUGUACACUCACAAUGUUAAAGUAGUUCACAAAUUAUGCAAUUUUCGUUAUCUUCAAAACUACAAACCCCAAACUAACAUUCUUGAAAUAACCUCCACUUCAGUUUUAGUUUACCAUAGUUCUCAACUUUCCCUAAACUGUCCAGCCGAACAGAAAAUUCUACCAGGUUGUCAUUUUUGCAUUAUAGAUAUUCCUUGUAGGUGCUCAUUAUCAACAAGCAAUCUUUAUUUUGCCCCAAGAUUAGUCAAUUGUUACAAUCAAUCAAAGCAAUAUUCAACACUUCAUCCUGUAAAUUUGGCUUUAUUGCAGGAAUUCUUUGAUGACACUCAAGUAUCUCAUAUCUCUGCAAAUUCAACUUUUUCAAAACCAGUUUCCUUUUCCAUCCCUCAAUUUCAGAUGUACAAUCAUACUUUCAAUCAAUUUUUGGCUAAUGAUCUGAAAAGUCAUCUUAAUUUAAAGAAAAUGGUAGAAGCAACUAAGAAAGAAAAGAAAAUUUUUCAACAUCUAGCAGAACCUCUGAUAGAUGGACAGAUUGAAUUAACCCCACCUUGGCCUAGUACUAAUGAUAUAUUAACAAUUGUUUCAAUUAGUAUUGCUGCCAUUGCACUUGCAUGUUGUAUUUUGUUGUUCUUCAAGGUUAGAAAAAUGCACAUUGCACUUAUGUUAAUGCAAAAUAUUCACAUGGCCAAAUCUCAGGAAGUCCCUUCAUUCAUCUAUAAAGCUUUAACCACUGCAGCACCCUCAGAUUCCCAAACUUGGUUAAUGGAGGAAUUUUCAUUGUUACAUGCUUACAUCAUCAUUGGAACUUUAUCAUUUAUUCUAGUCGUCAUUCUAUUUGCUUGGCUUUAUCACAGAAAAUCUAGAAAACACACUUUUUUGGCACUAGAGUUAACAACCGGUGGUCAAUGUGUAUUGGUCCCAAUCAUGCAGUUGUCAUUGUGUCCUUCUUAUUAUGACAUUCAAAAACCAAAUAUUGGCACUAUUUCAAUUUCGGAUUUCCCCUAUACCAAAUUAUAUGCAAAUUGGUCAAACUUUAUUGUAACAGACAAGCGCACUGACAAAACAAUCUCUGUUCCCAAGUCUAUUCAGAUCAGCUGUUACAUUGGUCAUAAACUUAAAAACAUUUUGAAACAACCUUUCAGUGCAUAUGUUCUCUUGGUCCAUCAAAAUUAUGUUUUCCAUCUCUGAGUUAAGAAUUUUUCAAUUUCACUUAUGGCAGCACACAUCCUAAGAGUAUUUAUCAACAAAAUUUUUCAAACAAUCUGUAUAUUUUAUGAAAUGAAUUUUUGAUAUUCGGAAUCAGCUGUCUCUACAAUUGAUGAGGUUUAUUUUUUUUAUUUCAUUGGAAUCACAAGACAUCCAUUGUUGUAUUUUUAUGUAUAUAUAUAUAUAUAAGUUUUUUUUGUAUAAUCAAUUUUUUAUGUUUUGUGGACAAAUUUCUCCACCUACAUAAUUGAUUCAUUGUUUCAAAAGAUAUAUCCUCUAUUAUAGUGGAUAUUCAUCAAUGAUAUGUUCAUACCUUUCAUGUUCAAUUUUGAUAUUUUGUUGUUGGUCUCCUUUUGUAGCAUCUGUAUAUAUUUUAUUUCAUGAUUUUUGUCCUCAAAGGUUACACCCUCAAUUUUUUUUUCUAAAUUUGAGCUUUCGAGGUCGAAAGUAAUUGAAGUAGGGAGGAAAAUAGUCAUAACAACAAAUUUAAUUUUUAAAUGAAUUUGUGGAAGGACAGAUAGAUUUAACGGAAAAGAUUCAUUAGAAAUUGUAUCAUUAUCUUUAUAUUUUUAACUUUUCACUACAUGAACGAAUAUGCAAUAUUUAAAGAAUUAGAUAACUUGUUUACUGAAUUUUAACAGUUCAUUGUCAAUUUCUCUUUUAUUCAUUCAAAUGUCAAAUGUUCAAACACAUGACAGCAAUUCCUCUGGACAUUGUGUUGUUUAUUUGGUAAAUAGUUUUUUUUUUUACAAAAUGUAAGAAGGUGUAAAUUGAGUAAUCCCUAGCAUGUCCACUUAAUGGACCAUCCAUUGUAUUGUGUGUAAAUAGUUUACUUAUCAGUCUUUGAUAUCCGGCCUAGUCCGAAAUAGGCUUAAUCAAUUACGUAAUCAAGUUCAUUUUUAUUGUACUUUUUUUCUUUUUGCAAAUGACCCACGGCUAUGUACAGCUGCGCUGAGUUAUGUCAAUUAAACGGAUAAACUGUACGGGUCACGUGAUUUAUCACUAAUAGGUUUUUUUCUUAAAAUGGUAAAUUUUCACACUUUUGAUAUUUCCGAUCAUCUAAUACUGAAUUUUGAUUGGUCAAUGACCUGCAAUCCAAGCGCGUGGGGACGUCGCUGGAAAUUUGGCCUAACUCGGUCACUUCCAUGCGACGCUCCAUUCAAUAAACUUGUAUUCAUAUUUUAUCAUCAUUUUUCUUAUUUGGAUUGCAGGUAUGUUGCUCUCUAUUUUAUUUUCUAUUGUUUCAAAGUUCAUAAAAGUUUGAUUUUAAGAAAUUAAUAAUUUUCUUAAACGUUUAUUUUUAAUUUUGGUAUUUAAAUAAGUUAUGAUUUUAAAGGAAUAAGUUUCUAAAUUUGAGCUUUGUCGUUUAUGAAAUAAUUCAUUAUUGACCUAUCGGCUAGGAGACAGAAUAAUUGCUUUUUCAUCCGUCUAAGUUUUGCCGUUAACACAUGUAUUUUUUUUUAGUAAAUAGUUUUAUAUUUGAUAGUCGUAGAAUAGACAAGUAAAUGAAAUACUUUUGUUUGUUGCAUUGAUGCGUGGUAAAUUAGAAUUUGAAUUUAGCGCCAUUUCUAAGUUAAAGAGACUCUUUAGUAAAAGGAGGUAAUUUAAAGUUAGUUCGGGAAACAAAAUACGGGAAUCAUGUUUAGAUCAAAUUGUAAGUUCUCAGUAAAUAUUGACAGUUAAAUUAGAUAAAAUUAUACCAUAAAGGCUCUCAAAUCAUUCAUCGUUUAAGAUCUUUGUAAUCGCUUUUGGUUCUAAUCCACAUACGCGUUGUCAAGUUUUAGUUCGAAUUUCCUCGACGUUAAGUCUUUGUUUAUAUUCUUUAUAUUGUUUACAUUGGAUUUUAUUAUUUUUCAUAUUGUUAAUUAAUAAUACAGAGGUUAUAUUUUUAUUACAUCUUGUUUAUACCUCUGUUACGGUCACCAGAGUUUUAAAAUAUUAUACGUAAAUGAACUUAAACUUUUGUAACUGGUGACUGUUGUUUAUAGCACUUCCAUGCGACGCUCCAUUCAAUAAACUUGUAUUCAUAUUUUA